GAAUGAGUUGUCAAAUGGAAGGGAUAUAUCGACAUGCACGUCAAUAUUUCAGCCUUUCAAGAUAGCUAUCCUCAAGGGAGUUGAUGCACGUACAACAUCUCUUGGGAGGUUUCAUGAUUUGCGUUUAGAGAAUUGUAAGAACCUAUAGCAAAUCACAAAACUCUUUCCUAUCUGCCUGAAUUGCUAGUUACUUGGAAUAUUCAUAAUAAUAGUACAUAAUCAUGAUCACUCAUUUACUUAUGUAGUACUUAAUUUAGUAAUGCUAUGUAAAUAAUUCUGUUUUAUUUUGAGUUUUUUUCGUAAUCUAGAAGAAUGUUUAGCCUCGUUUUACUAGCUACAAGAAUUAAAAUCCCCUUUUAAGCCUAAGCUGUUGCCAAUACAUUUUGAGAUUUGCGUUUUAUUUCCCUUUUCCAAGCCUACAUAUCCCCAAGGGAGUUGGUAUUUUAGAGACAAUACUACCCAAAGGAGCUCCGAUUCCAUUUCUCUAAAACCAGAUGGGUGCACUUCACUACGAUGGAUCAACUAUUUUCUUUUUCCUUCUUUCUUUUUCCUCACCCGCGCAUCUGCUCUUCUUCUUCUUCUCCCCUGCAGCCGGCAAAGAGCCCCAGCAACCGACUGCACCCCCUUUGAGAAACCAGUAAGAAAAACUUGAUUUCUCCUUCUCUUCUUGCUCAAUAACAAGUUUUGGGACUUAGAACUCUCUCUCUCAACCCAGAAAUUUCAGAUCUGCUGCUGCCUUCUCCUUCCUUUUGCCGCCGGUUGCUACUGUGGGUAGUGGGUUCGGUUUUUCUGUGGCGUGAAAGCUCCUCCAAAUUCCCGUCGGCUUCUCCCCCUGCUAGGUCCGGUUUGCAGCUGGAAAAUUCUGGAAGCGAAACCAAGAACGAGGAAACAACGGGAAGUGACGAGUUAGAAGGCUAGACAUUUUGUAAAUUGAAUAUGGAUUUUAUAUGUAGAUCAUGAUCUUGUAAGUUAGACUGUAUUUGGAGAUUUUAUGAUAUUAAAGAAAAUUUUAAAAU